AUGACUGUCACCAAAUCUUCCUCGAUCCUGGUCAUCGGUGCAGGCACUUGGGGUGCUUCGACUGCCCUCCACCUUGGUCGCAGGGGUUACACCAAUGUCACCGUCCUAGACCCAUACACAGUGCCCUCGCCAAUUUCGGCUGGGAACGACGUGAACAAGAUCAUCUCCUCGGGGCAAUACAGCAACAAGAAAGAUGAGAUUGAAGUUAACGAAAUUCUGGCAGAGGAGGCAUUCAAAGGCUGGACUACCGAUCCUUUAUUCAAGCCAUAUUACCAUGACACUGGCGUUGUAAUGUCAGCUUGCAGCAGUGCUGGUCUGGAUCGCCUCGGGAUCCGAGUAAGGCCGGAAGAGGAACCUGAUGUUGCCGAAAUCACGAAGCCGGAGCACUUCCGCCAACUGGCCCCCGCUGUGCUGAAAGGAGACUUCCCGGGAUGGAGAGGCUACCACAUUCGCUCGAGCGCUGGUUGGGCGCACGCCCGAAACGCCCUCGUGGCUGCUAUACGCGAAGCAGAGAAACUCGGUGUUAAAUUCGUAACGGGCACCCAAGGAAGAGUCAUCACCCUUAUAUUCGAGAACAACGACGUCAAGGGCGCCGUCACCGCAGACGGAAAGAUCUGGCGCGCGGAGCAAACAGUUCUCUGCGCUGGCGCGAAUGCUGCUCAAUUUUUGGAUUUCAAGGACCAGCUCCGCCCAACAGCAUGGACACUCGCCCAUAUCCAGCUCAAACCUGCGGAACGCGCUCUCUACAAAAACUUGCCCGUGGUUUUCAACAUCGAGAAAGGAUUUUUCUUCGAGCCUGAUGAGGAGCGCGGGGAGAUCAAGAUCUGCGAUGAACAUCCGGGAUACACUAAUAUGGUUAAGUCUGCCGACGGCCACUUGAUGAGCCUUCCCUUUGAGAAAACCCAGAUCCCGAAGGAGGCUGAGACCAGAGUCAGAGCUUUGCUGUCAGAGACUAUGCCUCAAUUAGCCGAUCGCCCAUUUAGCUUCGCCCGUGUUUGCUGGUGUGCGGACACCGCAAACCGUGAAUUCAUCAUUGACCGCCACCCUGAACACCCGUCUCUUGUUUUGGGAUGUGGUGCUUCUGGAAGGGGUUUCAAAUAUCUUCCCUCGAUCGGCAACCUCAUUGUUGACGCCAUUGAAGAUAAAGUUCCAGAGAAAGUUCACAAGCUGACCAGAUGGAGCCCAGACAUUGCUGUUGACAGAAAGUGGAGAGACACUCUGGGCCGCUUUGGAGGGCCUAACCGUGUCAUGGACUUCCAUGAUGUCAAGGAAUGGACUAAUGUGCAGAAUAAGGAUAGUGCGAAGCUGUAA